UCACAUGAUCACUCACCCAGUUGAUCAUGUGACCAAUCCAUUUUUGUAACAACCGCGGAGCAGCAGCAACGUGAAACUACAGAUGAUUUGAUUUAUCUCGCUUCUAUAACACGGAUUAGCUGGUUUCUCUGAACUCCAGAGGAGGCGAGCCCUAAUUAUGAGAAUGUUGAAGGAGACGCUGUGUGUCCUUCUCCUGUGGGCUUCUCUGGAGGCAACACAGUCAAGGGGCUGCUCGAGUUUCUUCUGCCGGAAAUCUCACCGUGUCAGCAUGCUCUCCAGAGGAGCCGACCCUGGCAAGCCGCUCUUUCUCACCCCCUACCUGGAAAAGGGCAACAUCGAAGAGGCACGGAAGCAGAGUCUGGUAGGUCCCCUGCCUGGUGCCAAUGUGAAGAGUUAUGCCGGCUACCUCACUGUCAACAAGAAAUACAACAGCAACCUCUACUUCUGGUUCUUCCCUGCUCAGGAGUGGCCUGAGACUGCUCCAGUCCUGCUGUGGCUGCAGGGGGGUCCUGGGGGCACAUCUAUGUUUGGGCUGUUUGUAGAACAUGGACCCUACGUUGUAUUGAAGAACCUAACAGGUACCAACAUAGCCAUAUGUCUCUGUACUGACCCCUGUCUAGUGUAUAAUAACAUGACUCUGUACUGACCCCUGUCUAGUGUA